UCGCUGUAGACACACGUCGAAGCUAGUGAUCUACUGCAAUACAAUUAAUUUAUAGACACUGUUAAUAUAAUAAUUUUUUUAUCCUAUAUUUAAUUGUAAGUAUUUAAAUAAUUUUAAUUAAUUUUAACAAUGCAGUAUGUCAUCCAUUGCUUGGUGUUCCUCUCGACCGUAUCCGUCGCGGUAUUAUUCGAAGUAAAAAAAGUGUACGUCAUUGAACGCGAUUUUAAAACAGGUCAGUUGAGAGCUCGGCGGCAAAAUGUGCCGGUACAGUCGCACACCAUGGCACGAAUCGGAGCGCUGGACCAUCACCAGCAGCAGCAGCAGCAGCAGCAACUGUUCAACGUGGCCGUGUCACCACCGCCUCUGCCGUCGCUACCGACCACGGUGGUGGGUGGCCAGCAACAGCAGCAGCAGCCGUUGGACUUGGCGUCCACGGUGGACCUGACGGCCGACCAACGGCCGCCGAUCGAUUACCUGACGCCACCGCCGCACACCGAUUUCCAUACUUUUCUGCCGUCGUCCGGUACCGUGGAGUCAAUGGUGCGCGCGGAAUCGCAUCAGUUCCAUCAGAACGUAGCGACGGCACAGGCGCCACCACCACCUCCGCUCUCACCGUUGACAGCUGCUUCGUCGACGGUGCACACGUCUCCGUUCACACCCAGCGGCGGCGGCGGCGGCGGCGGUGGUGUGUUCCCGCCCGCCCAAGCGCAACCACCACCCCAGUCACUCGGUUCGCUGACCGUGCAGACGUCGUCGCCCAGCAACCAGGUGAACAGUUUAACGUUCACCAGUCCUCCGUUGGAACAUUUCACGCCAUACACCCCGAUGCUGGUGCAAGAAUCAGCUAAUCAUCACCACCAGCAACAGCAACAGCAGCAAGUGCAGCCUCAACCGGUGCAAAACGGCGGUCGCUGGGAACUGGGAUUCGACGCCAGCGACAUAUUGACACCUCCGUUCACUAGCGCGUCGGAACUGCCAUCCGCGAGCGGUAAUGGCCAGACGUUCUUCCCGCAGGAUUUCGGUCAGGAAACCGCGGGCUCGGUGCGCAAUAACAAACAGUAUCCGGCCGGCGGAGGGUUCUUUGGCGGCGGCGGCACUGGUAGUUUCGGCGGCAGCAGCUUUGGUGGCGGCAGCAACAGCAACAGCUUCGGCAGCAAUAGUUUUGGCAGUUUCGACACCACGGUCGCGGCCAACAACAAGUUCACGCCACUAGACGCCGUCAUACGUUCGUCACCGUCCAACAAGAAUAUCUACUGGGGCACGCCUAAGUCCGCCCAACAACAACCGCUGAGGCCACCGCCGUCGUUCCCCGAAACCAACGCGUACAGGUUCAACACCAACAACAACAUCAACAACAACAACAACAACUAUAACCAUAAUCAGUUCCUAGACUCGUACCAGAUGCCGUUCACCGGUCAGUUCGACGGACCGUUGUCGCAAGGCACGGUAGCCGACCACGUGGUGCACACCUCGUUCAGGAUCAAGAGGCAGCUCCGGGACAGUGAGUCCGCGGCGCUCUGGAAAACGGAAGAGGACGACGACCACGAUCACUCCGACGGCGUCCGAAAACCCGUGUUCAGUUUCGUCAAGACCGACAGGAACGGCAAUUUCAAAUGGAGCGUCAGACACGGGUAUUAGUUGUCCGCCCGUAACGGUUCAACCGUUAUAUAUAUAAUAUUAUGUAUUUGGUGUACAACACGCGUUGUGUAAUUGUUUUGUAUUAAACGUAUUUAACCGAA